ACAGACUAUAAUUUGUCGAAAUGUCAAUUUGUUAUAACCUUAAAUGUAUACUAAAUAUUUAUUGUAAGAAGUUGUAAAUUCAAAUAUUUAAUUUAACGAUGGCAGAAACUCUACCUUCUGCCAUUGAACAGGAAUUGUUAGGCAUAAAAACUCUCCUUUGGGGCAACGAAAUUAAACUAGAUAUUUUUAAGAGGUGGUCACAAGGUUUUUAUUUUAGUAGCAGUGAAAAAAGUGCUUUAGAACAAACUGAGGGUGGACCAUGUGCAAUAAUAGCCCCCGUUGAAGCAUUUAUACUAAAAAACUUACUUUUAGAGUACCAAGAUCUUUCUUUUCGAGAAGUGAUCAAUUCAGAUAUUCAAAAUCACAUAUUAGUAACAGCUCUCUGUGAAAUUUUGGGACAAUGUAAUACCAGAAAGUAUUAUGUAGUAUAUUUAAAUAGUGAUUUUACUGAGCCUAUAAACCAAUCCCAUCUUACUGCUGAAGCAGAGCCAAGUAAUCCCGUUGAACAUAUAGAAAUAGACCCAUCCCAGUUCCACAAUGAACUUAAAGUGCAUUGUUAUCAGUGCCUGGAGGAUGUUAAUAAGUAUUAUUGCGAGAAUAUUGCUAAAUUGAAAGCAAAAUAUGGCAUUUUGUUGUUUUUAUAUUCUGUGAUAGCUUCAAAGGGUUUGGAAAGAGUAAAAUCUGAAUCAGAUUCCCAGGACCCUUUAAUUGAUGAGACUUAUGGUUAUGGGAGUCAAAGUCUCAUUAAUUUGAUGAUAACUGGUAGAGCAACCACAUAUGUAUGGGAUCACUAUGAAGAUGUUGGCGGAUUAAAAUUAUUAGGCAUUGAGAAACAAAGCCAAAUAGGAUUUAUAACUGUAAUGGAAUACCAUAGGUACUGUACUGUUGGGUCAUUUUAUAAAAAUCCAAUCCACCCUGUUUGGGUGGUAGCCUCAGAUACGCAUCUAACAGUUCUGUUUAGUGAUGAACGUAAACUAGUGAGUCCUGAAACUAAAAGUGAGCAAGCUAGGAGGGUAUUCAAAAGUUUCGAUCCACACGGAAAUAAUUUUAUUAGUUCGGAUAAAUUACAAGAUGUUCUCAAAACUUUAGAACUUGUUAGCGAACUCGAAUACGUGAAUAUAAUGAAGAAAAAAUUAGAUAACGAAAACUUAGGCAUCAUUCUACUAAACGCUUUUAUGGAUGAGUUCUUUCCCAAGGAGGAAUCUUCUACACCUGAUAUGUUCACUCUAAUACAUUAUAAUGGAUUAUCUAGAAGUAAUGCUAAUGGCGAAAUUCAGUUUCACAUUGGAUCUGCAAUUUUACUGGAAUCUGACAUAAAAUCCGUAUGUGAGUCGAAUCCAAUGCUGACCGUAUUACAGACGAAGUGGCCAACUAUAGAAGUGAACUGGUGUGAUAAUAUCACCCCUUCACUUAACUGAAAAAAAAUUCUUCGGUUUUUUCCACAUAAAAAAGUCCACUCCUAAUCAUACGCAUUUAUUAUUAUAUAACUCGUUACAAACGUCAAUAAACCUUUAAUUUCGCUAAAAUUAAAUUUUUUGGAAAAAUCUGUGGACGUAGAUAUUUAUUUAACAAAAACUUCCAUUAAUUUUGUAAAUACUAUUUAGAUGUAUUUAUUUCCAUGUAUUUCUGAGUUUUAUUAUUCUAAUUUGGAAAUAUUUUAUUCAAAUAUCACAAUUUUGGUAAUACAGAUGCUCUUUUCUAAUAUAUUCGAUUAUCUAAGAGUUUUUUUCUGAAAAGUCUUGGUAUUUUUGAAAAUUUUGGACAAUUUGAUUAAUACGAUAAAUAUAUGUGAAAUUACAAUUUUCCUAGAUAUGUUUUCUAAUUUGUUCCCCCUGGAUUGAGUUAAAAAUAAUUUUAUGAUCACAAAGUUGUUUUUGUGUAGAUGUAUAAAGUUCACUUACCAAUUUCUUUUUGGAAAGUAAAUAAUUAGAAAAAAAAUUGUUUCAUGUUUGUUGAUUCUGAAGUAAUACCUAUUACUGGAAAGGAUAAGAAUAAUUGGAAGACUUAAUGAAUCGAGAUGUUCUAGUUUGCCAGAAACGUUUUUUAGUUCUCUUGGUUUCAACAUAUUCAGUAGAACUUAAGUAUAAAAACCUUCAAGGAGCCAUCGGAACUAUUUCGUACUAACAGAAUGAUGCACAAAACGGUAGAAUCAUUUCUUGAUUGCAUAUAUACUCAACUUACGAAAAAAUAUUAUAAAUGCGAAGAAAUUCUUUAUUACUAACUUAAAAAGUCUAAUUUGAGUUUUUGACAAUCUUUUGUUCGGUAAUAAGAACUUAGAACAUUGUCAAUUCAUAACACAAUUGUUUUCAUAAGAUCAUUAUCAAAUUUAGUCAAAACAAAUACACUGAACGUUUCCAUAGCCUUCAAAGUCCUUGUUUGUUAUGGGUGCUUAUCAAUUCAAAUACUCGCAGUACGUCGUUAAUAUCAUCUGCGUUUAAAGAUGGUACAUUCUAGAAUGUUUCUAAUAGUUGAAAAUUAUUCUUUACUUAUAUUGGGUCCAGGUAUCUUGAAUCAUUAGCUAUGUAGUUACUGGAUGAUUUCAAGGACAAGUUUCACACGAUAAUGUACUUUUAAAGCUCUAAUCAUACCUUGAUCCAUGGGUUGUAACAAUAAUGUAAUUUGAGAUAGAAGUACCUGGGUUAUGCUUUUCAAAUUUUUAGAAUGGAUUUAUACAGGACAGUUGUCAACUAACAACAGUUUGCUUACUGUUGUACCAUUAACGGGUAUUCCUCGUUCGAAGUGAGGCUUGAACCAUUCUAACAAUGCCUUAUCCACCUGCUCAUGAGUAUAGUUUGGUUUAUUCAACCAAAAUUAAAACUAAAUUAAUUUCAUCAUUUCAUCCAGACACCUUUUGCAGGCUCUUUUAUUCUUUUAAAUUUAUUCCAUUUGAUGGGACUUCUACAGAUUAACGCUAGAAACCAUUGAAUAAAUCAGCACUUUCAUUUUAUAGCAAAUUGUUCCGUAUUUUUCAUGUCAUCCAUAUAUCCAGUUUUUUCAUGGUGUUUUUUCAUUUCCUCUAGUUAUGCGGUUUUGUCAUAAAUAUUACCUCCCAAAUAUGUAUAGCGUGCACCUCUUACAAUUCAUAGUUUUUACAUUUGCAUAAUUUUCUAUUGGUCAUCUCAUCCAAAUUGCAAUGAAAUGCUUCCAAAUAUCUUCUACUGUUUUUUUUUUCAUUGUUAUCACUUCCUACGGAUUGUCGAUUGUCCAUACUUAACUUCAUCAUCAUCAUCAUGCUGUUUAAUCUCUUUGAUUAUGGCUAGCGCUUGGGAUGCCUACAUAUCCCUUUGUUGGGGCGGAUUGCUCUCCCUGUUCUUUUAUUAUAGUUUUUUGUUGGUCCUAGCCUCGUUUUGCAGCUUUCUUCAUUCUUUUCUGUUAGGUAUUUUUCGCCAGAUAUUUCUUGGUCUUUUUUCUCGAUUAUCUUCGGGUCUUCCUCUUCCUUUUUAUUUUUAACAGUUGUUUCCAUGGCGUACGCAAUUACUGGUCUUAUUAAUGUUUUAUAUAUUUUUAUUUUGUUAUUUUUACUAAUAUUCUUGCUUUCGAGUAACUUUUUAUUUUAUCCAAAUGUUCAAUAACCUUUUUGUAUUCUCUCCCGCUCUUUCUUUUUUUACAUUCUUCUUUAUCGUUUAGGUAUAAUUACUCCAGUAUCCACUACUCUGGGAUCUUGUUUUGUUUUCAGAUGGUCCCGUUGUGAAUUUGUUUUUUAAUUUGUUCUCCAUAUUUCAACAGCUCAUCUUUUAUUCUAUCUUCUUUAGGGGCUUUUCCAUUACGCAGUGUUUUUAUUUCUUCUUCUACUUCAUUUUUACUUGGGCAUUUUGCUUCUUCUUCUUCUUUUGACAUUUCUGAAUUUUCCCUUAUAUUUUUUCCAUUUUUGUAUAAUUUAUUUUCAUAGUACUCUUUCCAUAUUUUAUCAUUUUGUAUUUUAGGGUAGUGGUUUGAUGUGUUAUCUGUUUAUAAAAUUGUCUCAUAUUCGUAUUAUAUCCCUCUUGCUCCAACUUUUCCAAUUUCUUAUUCAGCAAUUCAUUCUUUUUUGAUAAUUCCUUUUGUUUUGUUCUUCUCUUCUAUCGAUACAUUUCAUUCUUGCCAUGUUUUUUUUUGUUUUCAGGCUUCUUCACACUCUUAGUCGUACUAGUUUUUGUAUUCUCGCAUGUUUUCUUUGUUAAUAUUGUUCUGCAGCUUUUAAUAUAUUAUCUUGUAGUUUUUUCCAUUGGUUUUUGCCAUCGUAUGUUACCUACACAUUUUUCCUGGUAUUUUUCUAUUGUCUCCCCUUUUUCCUCCUAUUACUCGGUUUCCACUUGUGCUCCUCUGUAUGAUAUGGUGCCCUUUACUUUUGGCCAAUCUUUUUAGUAGCUAGUAUAUAGUUUAUUUUAUUCUCUAUUUUCUGGGGUGUUCAAAUUUUAUUGAUAAUAUGGUCAUGUUCAGUGUAUCUGCUAAUUGACACAAUCUGUGGCCGUUGUCAUUAGUUAAAUCUUGUUUGAUUCCUUUUCCAUUGCCUCCCACUUAACUUACUAUGGAUAAAACUGUUCUAUAAUCAGCACUUUCAUUUUUUGGCGACUGUCUUUCUUGAAUUUUGCUUGUACUUUGUGUGUAAACGAUCACUACAAAUUCCUACCAUCAUUCCAAUUCCACUACCAAAAUAAAUAACACUAUGAAUCAUCAAUAAGAAGACAAUGAGCUUGUAGGUCUAUUUUCUUGUUGCUGAAAUGUUGUUAGAUUCAAUGUUUCUACGAUUGUUGGUGAAGUGGAAAAUAGUUCACAUUUGAUGAAUCAUUGAUAUGUAGCGUUAAGCAUAUUGUGAGUUCUACGCGGUUCACUGUUAAAACAAAUUCUACCAUUAAUGAAACUAUUAGUAGAAAUAAAUUUAAGAUUUUGGUAAAUAACUGGGGUGUAUUAAACAUUUUUUAUAUUAUAUUGAUAGAAAUUUUUGAGUAUUUAAGUCAGUUUAUAUAUACCUAUUAUAUUUAUAUUUAUCUAUUAAUUUAGAUACCGUCCACAGAUUAUAUAGUAAAAAUUUCUUAAAAGAUUUUUUAUUCAAUUUGAUAUCGACUGUAUACAAGAAAGCGAACAGUUUGAUCAAUGAAUAAUGAAAGAGUACCUGAAACAGGGACGAUAAAGCUUCGUGAUUUGAAUAAAGAAUUUUAACAUUGUCAA